AUGGAGGGCUUCGAUACCAUGGCUAUGCCCUACUUGGCCAGUCCCUUAUCGCUCGGCAAUCUCCAAGGUGUAGACUAUCUCAGCUCCGUCCCCGGUAUGGAUCUUCCUGAUCAACCCUCCAAUUUUGAUUCGGAGACGUUUGUCGGCGGUGAUGAUCCUAUGACUUUUUCCUCUCAACAUGGCAUACCCGGACCAUUGAAACACUUCCCCUCCGGCUAUGAGGAUCCCUUUGCGACAACCGACAUGGUCUCCCCAUUUGAACAGGUCCCCCCCGAGCAGCCCCCACCCCCGGAUUCGUCAAUUGAUCACAACAAUAAGCUGCUGAGCUUUUCGGUCCCCGUCUUCAACUUCACCUUGCUCGACUAUUCCCUUCGCAGGACCUCGAUAUCCAUGUCCGCUCAACUGCAUGGCAUGUUCUUCCUCGCAGAAUCGCCUUGGACUACCUCCCCCGCAGAGCACGCACCACCCCAGCAGGGUGCAGAGUUGACAUGUUACCGCCGCAAUCUGUUCCAGAUCACCGGUUCAGUCACGUUGCCCCGCAGUUUGCGCUACAUCAUGACCGACCAGGGAGACCGAAUACCCAUCCUUGCUCAGGAACUCACCGUGUCAGCUACAGAGUCCGUCGAGGGCAAUUCCGUCAAGAUCAUCUCCGUACCUUGGAAGACUCCCGCUGCCAAUAACAACAAUGGAGGUAGCAACGCUUCUGCUUCCAUUGUCGAAGAGAACCCCCCGCCCAAAGUCGAAAAGGAACCGCCUCCGAUCCCCUUGGACAUCAUGGCUGGUCAGGACUUGGACACCGACUAUGCCACCUUCCCCAUUGCAUGGAAGCGUCUCCAAUUCCGCGUCGCAACGGCCAACAAUGGUCGCCGGAAAGAGCUGCAACAACACUUUGUCGUCCGUCUCAAGGUCGUCGCAACCUUGUCUACUGGCGCCAAGAUUCCCAUCAGCGAGAUUCACUCGGCCCCGGUGAUUGUUCGGGGUCGCAGCCCGCGCAAUUUCCAGUCCCGCAAGGAUCUGCCUUUGAGCGGUAGCGCUGCUGCAUCACGGAAGCACACCAAUGCAGCAUCAACUUCAACCGCCAUCAAUCGUACUCCAACGAGUGAAUCAACACCCCGUGCUAGUAUGACGCCAGCUAGGACGACCAAUAACAGAUCCACUGUCAAAAGUAAUUCUCCGGACACGUCGGCCCCAGAGGCCUCCGCAGGUGUAGUGCAGCAGCAGGCAUCUCCUUCGGACUGGGCCAGAAUGCCACAGACAGCAAGAAGUAGCACUGGGUCGUUACCUGCUCAAAUAUCAUCUCUUUAUCAGUCUCAGCCAAGUCCGGACUUCCCCCAGGGCACACAAAUACAACAGCGUGCGCAUUCAAUUGCAGCCCCCAUCAACCUAUCAAUAUUGGACGAUGAAGAUAGCCACAUGCUCGAUCCUAAUGAUCCCCCUACCACCGUGUCAUCCUACUCCAGCAAUGACCUAUCGCACAAAGACCUCGCCUGGGAUAACUCUGUUCCUCCCGCAAAGAUGCGAAAACUGUCCCAUGGCGCUUCGCGGACAGAAACCCAGAAUGUCACUUCGUCACUACCCCUCUUGGACACCACAAAUAUGCAACAGCCAUUCACAUCCUCGUUGCCGUUCCCCAAUGAUAGUUCCGACUUGCUUUAUGAGUACUUUCCCUUGGGAUUAGAUGAUUGGCAAACACCGGUUGAUGCAGUAUACCGGCCUCAUGUUGUACAUCAUACCACAAUGCCGGAGACCAAGUUCGUCACAGCCCGGGGUCGAAGCAAGCGGUAUUUUGCAGAGGAUGUUUAUUAA